ACCCGAGUAUUCCGGAUGAUGGAAUCCAGUGAUGAUUAUCUAAUCACAAUGAUCCACGGACUUAUGCACCUCUUCGGGUUUAGAUGGGCUGUUUGUUUAGCGGGCGCAAGCUUAUCGGAACGAAAGUGUUAAUCGCGUUUCUUUUUAGCUAGCUUUACACUGCUCAUAUGCACAUCCUCGCCAACUGAUAAGGUCACACGAACGCCAAUCAGACAGACGUACACUCAUACCCCGGACACGUAACGAAUGCACCUCCUUACUCUACAAUCACUCCUCUUUACCAUCAUCUCCCUCUCAAUCUUAAAGCAAUGGGUUCUACCAAUUCAAAACCCACAACGGCUCAGCCUGCUACACAGGCAGAAAAGUAUGCAUCCAUUCAAUCAUCAACUACGCACGCUCAUCCAAGUGAUGUAUGCGAUGUACAGAUAGGUUCUUCCCGAGAAGGAGCACAUCAAUCUGCACGUCUUGGUCAAAGUCAUGCUGUCGUUCCGGAUCAUGAUACAACUCAUGCAGAAGUUACCAUUCCAGCAUUAAAGGCUUGGGACAGCGCAGCUUUACACGCCCCUGUCACCCAAUUAGCAACGAUGACAUUGCACAAUGGACCUAUCAAGGACAAUCUACGUAAUCGCAAAGCUGAAACAGAAGACCUUCACGUUUUCAGUCACAGGAUUCCAUCUCAAGGCACCCCUGUAACAAAUCAAAUGAGCUCAGGUCGAUGCUGGUUAUUCGCGACCACCAACGUGAUUCGCUUGCGAGUGAUCAAAGAACUUAACCUAAAAGAAUUUGAAUUAAGCCAAUCUUAUCUUGCAUUCUGGGAUAAGCUUGAAAAGAGCAACACGUUCUUGGAGAACAGCAUUGAAUUGGCCGAUAAGGCUUUGGACGAUCGUGUAUUUGGCUUCUUGAAAACCGCUCCUACGAAUGACGGCGGUCAAUGGGACAUGGUGACCAAUCUGAUCAAAAAGUACGGGAUCGUACCCAAGGCAAUCUAUCCUGAGAGCUACAACAGUUCCAACUCAAGUCAAAUUAACUGGUUGCUCACUCUCAAGCUACGUGAGUAUGCCCUCGAAUUACGUCAAUUGAAAAAGUCAACAAUUAGUGCUCUUCUUCGUGUUGGGCAAACAGACCCACACGCAAACGAAGCAAAGGCGUUACGUGUUGUUCGGGAGCGUAAAGAUGCUCAAAUGGCAGAAGUGUACCGGAUCAUGAUUAUUGCUUUGGGUGUUCCACCUCAGCCGGACGAAAAGUUCACGUUUGAAUACUAUGAUAAGGAUGAGAAAUUCCAUCGUCUCAAAGCAACUCCUCUGGAAUUCUUGGACAAGUAUACUGGCUCAUUCGAUCCUGCAGGUGCUUGCUCAUUGGUGAAUGAUCCUCGUCGUCCAUAUGACAAAUUGGUAACAGUUGAUAGAUUGCAAAACGUUUGGGGUGGUCAACCGGUAUUGUAUGUGAACACGAGUACAAGCCAAAUGAAGGAUUCGGUCAUCAAAUCUAUCAAAGCUGGAUUGCCAGUCUUCUUCGGCUGUGAUGUUGGACAAUUCAGUAAUGGCGGUAUCAUGGAUCCGGACGUAUAUGAUUUCGAAUUACCGUUUGGUAUCAAAUUAGGUCUUACAAAGGCUGAAAGAAUUGAAAUGGGUGAAAGUUCAAUGACACAUGCAAUGGUCAUCACUGGCGUUCAUCUUGACGAAGACAACAAACCUGUUCGUUAUCGCGUGGAGAAUAGUUGGGGUCCUGAUCGCGGCGAUAAAGGAUAUAUGGUCAUGUCUGAUAAAUGGUUUGAUGAAUUCGUUUAUCAAGUCGUCAUUCGUAAACAACAUAUGCCUUCCCAUCUCUGGAAAUUAUUCACUGAUGGAGUGAAUAAAGAAACUGAAAUUUUGCCGCCAUAUGAUCCUAUGGGUGCAUUAGCUUAAAAGCUCAGCGAACGUUAUCUCAAAGCAAUAUUUUGUCAUUGUAUAAUCACACAAUAUAUCCUCAUUUAAUAUUUUAUUUCCGUUU